UACAACACUACAAGAAUUAUGAGUUCAUCCAAACUCCAGGAAAGUGAGGUGAGAAUCAAACACUCUCUGAAUAAGAAUGAGGAGGAGUUUAGAAUCAGAAGGAGGAACACUGUUCAGCAAUGCCUGCAGAACCAUGAGAUACACUGCAGUCUGGAUGAUGCACCAAACAUUGCAUUACUGGGUUCUGGAGGAGGAGAAAGAGCCAUGGUGGGUUUGCUGGGAUCCCUGGUUCAGCUCCAUAAAGUGGGACUUCUGGACUCCGUUCUUUAUCUGAGUGGAGUCUCUGGAUCAACCUGGUGCAUGGCCUCCUUAUAUAAGGAACCAGACUGGUCCACCAAACUAGAGACUGUGAAAGACAAGAUCAUCCAGAGACUCAGUGGUCCUAAAGUCAGCUGGACAGAUGCAUUUGCCAAACUGAAGAAAUAUUACUAUGAGAAAGACCACUUCAGCUUGACUGACUUCUGGGCAGCGAUGGUCAUCACGACAUAUGUGAAAGAGAUCGAUGAACACACACUCACAGAGCAGUGGGAUGAGCAGAGUAAAGACCCGUUUCCCAUCUACACAGUGAUCGACAAGCAAUGCAAACAGCAAAAGGAAGGAGACCCCUGGUUCGAGUUCACUCCACAUGAAGCAGGUUAUUCCCUCAUUGGAGCGUUUGUGGGAGUCUCCAACUUUGGCUGGCAGUUUGAAAAAGGUUCUGUGAUGAAGCAGCAGCCUGAAAUCGACAUGCUCUACUUGCAAGCUCUGUGUGGCAGCGCUUUAGCUGAUGGAGAUGAGAAUCUGAAAUUCAUCUGGCAAAAGAUAAAAGGUUUCUUUAGCGGUUUUAGAAAACAAAUACUUGAGGAAAUGAGGGAAGAACAUUCAGACUCCCAACCUGUAGACAAGUGUUUCCAGGUGCUCUUGGACCUUGCGGACAUGAAUGUCUGUGUUUUGGAUGUCAAAGAUCCUUCUGCUCUUGAUGAAUCCAUCAGAACAACGCUGAAAGACCUCGCUGUACCAGAACGUCACCUGGUUUUUCCAGAGGAAAAACUGAAUCUCUAUGAUAAAGAAGCUGCAAAACUGUAUAUGGAGCAUUACACCAUUGAUGUUUGCAUUGAUUUAAAUGGUUGUUCAAAUUUCUGGCCAAUCAAUCUUUGCUUGAGCAUUUGCAAAUGCAUGGCUCAGUGGAUUUGGGGCAGGAAAUAUGACUUUCUGCACAACAUAACAGAUGAACCCGUGCCCGCCGCUCUAUUGAAAAGUCAGACAAGAGACUAUAUGGAUGCUGGACUGUUGCUCAACUCACCCUACAUCUCUGUGCUGAGAAAAGAGAGAAACAUUCACCUCAUUAUUUCCCUGGAUUUCAGUGAUGGUGAUCCUUUCAUGACGGUGAGGGAAGCUGCUGAGAUGUGCAAGAAACAAAACAUCCCUUUCCCUGAGGUCAACAUUCCCAGUGAGGACUUGGAGAAACCGAAGGACUUCUAUGUGUUCAAAGGCCAAAACGUUCCAACUGUGAUACACAUCCCUCUCUUUAAUGUGGUCAACUGUGGAGAUAAAAUUGAGGACUGGAGGAGCAAAUAUAGGACUUUUCAAGGUCCUUACAGUGCUGAGAUGAUCACUGAUCUUAUGGAGGUCGCUGGAAAAAACAUCACAAACAAUAAAGCAAAAGUGGUGGAAGAGAUUUGUGCGAUUGUUGGGCUCCAGGAAUAACAUGAUCCAGGAUCCAGGCUCUAACGUGACUAAAUUUAACACUGUUAUUUAAUACACAACUAAUGACAGUCUAAAUACAGACAGAUAAACUGAUCUGCGUAUAGUUGAUUUAACAAUAAACAGUCUUUAUUUUUUUUUUCUCCAUCUUUAAUAAUCUCUUAACAUUGAGCAUUAUUACUUUUUCUGCAAAAUGUGAUUUGUGUGCCACAAUAAGCGCAUCAAUAGUUGGUAAAGUUUGUGCUCCUUUUCUGUUUAAUGUUAAAAAUGUUUCUGCAUUCAGUUUUAAUCUGUUCCUCCAUGAUUGACCUUCAUUAAGCAAUAAAUAGCUGAUCAUUAAUAAUAAAAUCAGCAAUAACAGACUGGAUUACAAGUAUAAUUGCAGAUUAAAAUUAAAGAUAUUAUAUUACAUUUACAAAUGUUGUAUUCUUGUCUAUUAUUGUUUCUGUUCCAAUGGAUUAAUAAAGUACUCUUGAAAAAUAA